UUCUGAUAUAAUAGCCUUUAAAUCAACUUCGGCCCAAUAUUUACUUGGCCGCAAAGAAAAUUGCAGGAAAGUAUAAUUUAUUAUUGGAAAAUAGAUUAACCAAUUUUGUACGAAUUUUUGUUUACCAGUUCAAAGAUGUUGAUUUCAUAAAAUUGUAAUCUUAGAAAAUGGGGAUUAUGAGAGACAGUAAGCGCUCCUCUUCUUCAGCAACUUCACCUUGUGCCCAUUUGAGAACUGCGUAUCACAAUUGCUUCAACCGAUGGUAUUCGGAGAAAUUCCUGAAAGGGCAAUGGGAUAAAGAAGGGUGCAUUUCUGAGUGGGAGAAAUACAGACAGUGUUUAUCUCAACAUUUGGAUGACAAGCAUCUAAGUAGGUUCUUGGAAGCUGAUGGGGUGUUGGGUUUGACUGAUCAAGAUGAAUUCAAGAGCAAAACUGGUGUUUCUCAGUGAUUUUAUUUCCUACUGAGGUGAAUGCUGGGAAUUUAACGAAGUUUUCGUAUUCAGUUUUGUAGUUUUUGUGGAUUUGAUCAUUGAUUCGAACUGAUUAUGUAAUGUUUAGAAGAAGUUUGAAUGUGUUCGACUCUAGUUAUGAAGAUCGAUUAUAGUAGCAGUUCUAGGUAUCAAAUCGUAGUGGGACUUCUGUAGUUACUUUGGAUCAUUUAUUGUAAGAUAAAUUUACGAGCAGCUCAUAGAAUUCCAUUACCACUUUAGACUUUCAGGACUUCAAGGAGAAUCUAGGUAUUGUAUCUUCGUAGAGAUGAGCAGUUCCAUGAGUGUUUGGAGCCAUCUUUGGUGGUGUUAUAUGGAAGUUUUUUCGCUGAAGAAAAGCAAAAACGGAUUUUGAAUCUUGUUCGAAGAGCUACUUGUUCGAAUAAGUUGACAAAAUGUUGAGUAGUAUUAGAAGGGAUAUAUUGUUCGAGAUGAUAGAUUUGAAUACAGCGAUGAGUAGCUAAAUAAGAAGUUGUAUGUUCUUGGCCCUUUUUCUUAUUUGUAAAGGUUAGAAUUGUGAUCAAGGCUGUUUAAUAGUGCUUCAAUACAAAUUGCUACUAUCAAAAUUGCCAUUACUUGUAAGUUUUUACCUUAC